AUGUCAUUUGCCGAUAAUUUCUGGACUCAAGAUUAUAAUCUGGGAUUUAAAUUAUUAUUUGAACAAUUACAUCAAGGUAUUAAUGAAAAUGAAGAAUUCAUUCAAUUAUUUCAAAAAAGAAUGGAACUGGAAUUAAUUUAUGGUAAUCAUUUAGAAUCAAUUGAAAAAACCACCUUUGCUAAACGUAAAAUUAAUCAAGAUUAUGUUUCAUCAAUUAAAAAUGCAUUUGAAAAGAUAAAUGAAAAUUUCAUGAAUCAAGGUUCUUAUCAUUUAAGUAUUGGGUCCAUUAUUAAAUUAAAUGUAUUGGAUCCUUUUAGUAAAUGGUGUAAAGAUCAUCAACAAAGAAUUGAAUAUAGUGAAUCAAUUAUAAAUGAUAAAUUUAAAUUAUAUAAAUCCAAAAAAUUAUAUGUUGAUAAAUUACAAAAAAGAUAUUUUAAUAAAUGUAGAAUGUUGGAAGAAUUUAAAUCUCAUUUCACGGAAGAAGAAUUAAAAGAUCAAUUAAAUGAUUUAUCUUUCCAAGAGAAAAUCCAACAACAACAACAAAUUGAAGAACAUCAAGAACAAUUUGAACAAUUAUAUUAUUUUGGUAAUAUAACUUAUGAUUUUAAAGCCAUUAAAUCAUUACUUAUUGAUAUUUUAACCAAUGUUCCAUUAUUUUCUCAUAAAGUUGCCAUUUUAGGGACUUAUCAUAAUGUUUCAACUGGUAGUUCAAUUACUCAAUGGAUAAUUGAUAAUAUGCCACAAUUUAAUAAAAAUUUAGAUAAAGCAGAAGCAUUUGGUCAAGAAUUAAUUAAUAAUGGAUUCCUUAGAUUAAUUGGUUCAAUGGGGAAAAAUUUCAUUAAUUCUUCACAAUUUUAUUAUCAAUGGAAACCAAUUGUAUUUGAAAUAACUAGUAUGCCAAAUCCGGCUUUAGCGGUUGCAGCUACAACUCCUGAAGCCUCCACAACUGCAGUACCAUUGGGAUCUAGUGCUACUGCAGACUCUAGUUUAGUCAAAGAUUAUUUCGAAGACGUUAAAGAAGCAAUUGGUAUCAAUUCUAUUGAUUAUAGUGAUAAAUCCCAAUUUUCCAAAUUAAUGACCGAGGUGAAUCAAUUAGAUAAACAAUAUUUGAAUAAUGUUAUAGAAUUAGAUAAAUUAAGAUGUGAAUUUGAAGAAAUUAUUAUGGAUCAUUUAACUUUUAUGCAAAAAUGUGAAUUAGAUAGAUUAAAAGCAUUGAAAAAAGUUACAUUUGAUUUCUUAUCAACAUUUGUUAAUAGUUUAUCCAAAAUGAAAAAUUUCAUUGAUGAAUUAUUAUUAUUAGAAGAAACUAUUCAUCCAACUAGUGAUUUAAAGUUUUUCAUUGAAAACUUUUCUACCGGGAAAUUUAAUCCCCAAGUUACUUUAUAUGAUAAUUAUUAUGAUUCAAAUAUUAAUCAAACAUUUGGAGUUGAUUUAAAUAUAAAAUCAAGAUUAGAUAAACGAGUUGUCCCCUUGAUUAUUCAAUGUAUUUUAAGUCAUUUAGAUUCCGUAUAUCCCGAGUUAGAAAAUGAUGAAGCAAGAAUUAAUCUUUGGACUGAACCUAUUCAUUUAACUCAAAUUCAUAAAUUACGUUUUCAAUUAAAUGAUAUUAAUGAUUCAAAUGCAAUAGCAGAAAUUUUAAAACAACAUUCUCCUCAAGUAGUUACAAAUGUAUUAAAAUUAUAUUUUAUGGAAUUACCUGAUUCAAUAAUACCUUAUAAUAAUAAUUAUGAUGUUAUAAAAUUAUUAUAUCAAAAUUAUCCAAUUAUUGAUGAAUCAAAAACAAAUUCAAGAAUAAAUGGAAUUCAAAAUGUCUUGGCGGAAUUACCAAAAUAUAAUCUCGCAACAUUAGAUGCAAUCCUAACUCAUCUCAAGAGAUUAAUUGAAAUCAUUGGCUCGAAAGAACCUAAAUUAGCUCAAGAUUUCCAAGCUUCUUUAUGUAAAGAAUUUGGUCAUUUGAUAUUACGUCCGAAAUCAGACAUUCCGGAAACAAACCAUGACAAACAUCAAAUCAAUUUCAUUAAUGAUUUAUUCAAUAACAAGGAUUCAAUCUUUGAUGAAUUAAGAAGAAAAUCAUCCAUGAGACAACAACAACCAGGCGGCAAUAAAUCAAACUCAUUAAGUCGUGAGAGUUCAAGUAAAUUAGUCUCACCCGCUGGGUCAUUAUCCUCCCAUGCCCACACCCAUGCCAAACCAUCAACACUUGCCGCAAAAUCGAAAUCGAGACUAGAAGCAAGAUUACAAAGUGCAGUCAAGCGAUCAGGCACCACAACUUCCACAACUAAGAAACCCACCCCACCUAAGGAUGAACCAUCAUCUUCGACAUCCCCACAACCUUCAACUGGGUCUUCGAGUGGAGAUGUAACCACUCCUGGAUUGUUGAGAAGAUCAUUAUCACCCACCAAGAAGAAAUUGAAUAGUUAUUUGGAUAAGAAUAAUGGCACACCAGCAUCACCACCAGUUUCAUCUCGACCAUUGAAGAAGGAUGUAUUAUAUUAUAAUAAUAAUUCCAAUCCCGAAAUUGACACGGAAGGUAAUCCACCUAUUCCACCACCGAAAUUUGCUCCGAGUUUAGGAAGGAGGACUUCGGUGAAGGAUUUGGCUGAGAAGUUUGAAUCACAAUCUCGGGAAGCUCUGCCUGAGAAGGGAGAAUAA